CCGGUGACUGCUUGUCUGAUACAGGUCCGCGUCAUGCGGACAAAUUUGGGAGUAACAGACGAGCUACUAGUAUGUCCUUUAUGAAGAAAUUUGUGACGCAAACCACGAAAAGGUUUGUACAAAACGGCAGCCCUACUCACUCCAGUUCUGGCGGCCUCGAGGCGAGUUCGACCCAGGUGUCUGGCGAAAAGGUGCCGGAUAGAGGUGAGCAAGAAAACAGUGAUGAGAGGUCGUCGAAGAAAGGAAUGAUGACAACAACAACAACAACAGAAAACCUGGACGACGAUCUUGUCGAUCUGUUCUCCAUUCAGGCAAAUUACAGCGUGAAGCGAGAUUACCUUAAUCAUAAACUCGAGAAAGCCAGACGCCUGGAGAGGAAGAUGAACGCGCUGAAAUGGAACGUAACUCAGCUGUGUCGUGAGACUGAGGCGGUCAGUCGACUCAUAGAGGACUCUGAGGCACAGCUUCCGGUUCUGCUCAAAGAAUACGUUUCCAGACGACAUGAACUGGAAGAAAAGCUAAACAUAGUUUUAGAGAAAACAAAAGAGGGGGACAUCAAGAAAAGAGAACCCAUUAUGUACAAGAAAUACUUGGCCGUGAAAACCACACAAGACGUCAACCAAUAUUUGAAUCUGCUUCAGAACAAGCAGAAAACAUUGAUGUAUCUGGAGCUGCUGGCUCUCCGGAAACACGCCUCCUUCCAAUUCGGCCAGAAAGCUUCGACGAGCGACAAAUGUCGUCUUAAACCUCCGGCAACACCCAGGAGGCCUCCAAGAGAAAACCUGCAGUCGGUGUACCAGGAAUUGCUUAAAACCUUUGUGCAACUGACUCCGAUUAAUCCACCUUCUCCAAGCGACAACGCUGUAGAGAACAGUCUUUCGGAAACCAACCAAUCGGGGGGCGAAACCGAAUUAGGCCUGUUUUCAUUGGCCAGCUCUUCGGAACAGAGGGAGACAGAUGGAGCCAAUGACGUGAACCUGACGCUAGAAUCCGAAGUUUGAUCAAGUUGAUUCCAAAAUGUAAUAAGGAUGUUAGAAAUCGAUUUGAAACCGAUUUCAAAAUGUAACAAGAUGAUUAAAAUCGAUUUGAAACUAAUCUUAAAAUGUAAUAGGAAUAUUAGAAAUUGAUUUAAAACUGAUUACGAAUAUUAGAAAUAGAAAAAGUGUAGAUUGAAACUAACCUUUUAAUUCAACUGUAUUGUAUUAAAUGAGGUGUCGCUUUGUAAUAUAUAUUUAAAAUGAGUAGUUUUAUAUUAUAAUAUAAUAUAUGGAAUCUAUUUAUCUAUUACAGUAGUUUUGUGUUAUAAUAUAAUAUAUGGAAUAUAUUUAUCCAUUACAGUAGUUUUAUGUUAUAAUAUAAUAUAUGGAAUCUAUUUAUCCAUUACAAUACUUUUAUGUUAUAAUAUAAUAUAUGGAAUCUAUUUAUCUAUUACGUAUUUUACUAUUUAUUUAUUACAGGAAACUGGUUGUUGUCUUAUAAUUCUGCAUGUUGAAAUGUAUUAGUCAGUUAAUCAGUUGUAAUGUUGUAUUCUUUAUGUAUUUUUAAAGUCAAAGUAAACAGCUGAUUUAACUAUUAUUAUAUUAAGAUCGUGUAUUUCGAAAUGUAUUUAUAUUAUUUAACUAUUUAGAAUAUAUUAUCAGUAUCAUUUUCUUGUUGUGACGCGACAUUCAUCGUUAUCCGUUCGCGGCAAUGGCUAAUCCGUGUCACGUAAAAUGUAUUAGUCGCCAUAUCUUCACAUAAAACCAGGUUUUCAGAUGUUGGAAUUUAGCGAGCAUUUUUAUAGUUACAUGCAAUUUGAUAAAAAGCUGACUUGAAAAUCAAAUACAUUUGCUUAAAAAGA